AUGUCCUUUCCGUUCUCAUUGCCCCCUCGCCGCACUGGCCGCCCUAGCCACAAAGCGCUUCAAGAAAUUCUACACACCAAUGCUCGAGCACCGCCAGCGCGUGGCGAUUUCGCUGUUUAUCUAUCGACCGAUGGUGUGGGAGAUGUGCAUGAGAUGAGAGCGAGCAAGAAGAGGCGAAGGGUAGCUGAUGGGGAAACGCGCGGUGGAAGGUCAAAAGCGCGAUGGGUCCCAGGCCAUUCCUCAUUGGAUGCCUCGGGGGGGAUCGAGUUUGCGUCGGAGUUUUUGCCAGACAUAGAGCAGGACGAGAAUGUGUCCCCUCUUCCAACAGAGGACACUGACCCGGCUCUGCUGGAUGACAAUGAGACGGAUGAUGGGGAGAGCGCCAACAAAGACGAAUCACAUGUUGGUGGAGAUGGACCAAAGAUUUACCGCAGCACGACACAGCCGCUGCAUGCGGUGGAGGAAUGGAAUGGGAGUUGGUGGACAAAAGUCUCCCUGGCUGCGCUGGGCCUUAUCUACCAGAUGGGUCAUGGUGGCCAGCCCUGUUGUUUCCCAAUGCGGAAAGACGUCCGAAUGGUGAUAAUGCACGCACCACGGAUCCAUGAUAUACGCAUUCGCUACUGCAACUGCAGCAAGUCUGACGACUCGAGUAAGGUGCAGCAGCUGCUGCGUAAUGGGUGGUAUCCAGCAACAACGAUUGACCCCGGGACGUGCGCGACGUUUGAGACUCUGGAGUCGUUCCGCCUGUACUCAACUGUGGGGAGCUUGAACGCGAGAGACUUUGCUUCGUCGCUGGAGCAGAUGUCAAAUGUCAGCUCGAGAUGUGGAUUGUCAAAGACCGUGGAUCGCUACAAGCAGCUGCAGCGGAUAGCACGGCAAUGGGCGUUCUUGCUGCGCUUACUUCGGGCCGGUCGAGGGCACGAUCCACGAGGGGUGGAGGGGACGAAGCUGGGAGAGUGCGCAAUACGCUGUUGGGCCUGUCCUCAGGAAGGCAGGAACUUGCCUUCGGACUGGCAAGACGUUCAUGCUUCGUUUCGAUUCUUAUUCAUGCUAUUGUUGGCUGUGGAUGCGAACUUCCGGUUGAAGAAUCGAAUACGUGCGCAUGAGAUUGAAGACCCAUCGCUAGGCCCAGGUUAUGGAUAUUGGGUCCCGCCAGACGAAUACAAAGAACAUCUGAAGAAUUACGUGUCAGAAGAGGAUACCAGUACAUGUAUCGCCUUUGCUGCUCUCCUGCAGAAGAACACUCGACUUACGAUGGGCUUGCGGGUUUCGGGGGUUGGAGGAUGUGUGUGCGCUCGUCACGAGAUCAUGCGGCCCAAUGGCCUUGGUGAUUUGCAGAAAGGAGAAAGAUACGCGAACAUGGCCUUUAUUGUGUUCUCCGCAUUGCUGGGAUUCUCACUCAUGUGGUUGACACUAUCGUAUGACAUUGGUUGUCAAUGGAAGCUGAACUUGAAGACACGUAUGGAGAAGCUGCCCGAAUCGCUGCACCUGCCGCUGGACAAGAUGAAGAUUCAAUGCGGGUUGCCUGUGUGGCACGCUGCCUCACACAACGCGGACUGCCAGAGCACAAACAGCCUGUCUUUCAAGCCGGGUGUUGGGAAGACAGAUGGGGAGGGAAUAGAGCGCGUGUGGGCAGCGCUGAACCCGACAGGUUAUGCGACGAAAACUGCAGGGCUGGGGAUGAGGGCAGAUGUGCUGGAGGAAAGGAUCGACCGCCACAACUUCAUGAAGAAUCUUGGCUUUGCAACGGUUCUUCCAGCUCGGCUGCGGGUGGCCGAACGUGAAUGGAAGAUUCAGUCGGUCGCGUUUGCGGACGUCAGUUCUUCGGUGACGAGCAAGCUCAUGGGCAAGUGGAUCAAGAUGAUCGAUGAUUGGCUGGUGGAUGGCUCCAAACCAAAUCCUUACGUGCUGAUAACAUCAGUGUGCGUGACAGAGAACGCGGUGCGGUUGGAGCUACGCAAGGACGAAGAGCGUUUGCUGGCUGAGGGUUGCCUUCCGCUGAAGGGACAGAGCGCUACCGCGUUUCUGAUUGCGGGAAUCCAGAUCGAGGAUGCCCAGCGGAGACUGUGUCUGGAGAUCUCAGGGACUGUUGUCAUCGCAGGUGAUCGCGCCAACCGAAUCGAAGAAUGGAGGCGUUCCCUUCUGGUGAAGAUCGACCGCUUUCGGGACCUCCAGCGGAUAUACAUACCUGGGGCUGGUGCUGUGAUAGAGCAAGCCGAGGUGUCGCCAGCACCUUUGCCAGAGAAGAUCAAGCUCUGGAUGCCGAGCGAGAUGCCGGGGUCGCUGGGGAAGGACCGAGGAUGUGUAGAGGGUCUAGUUGGCAUGGAGGUUCGGUUGCGGGUCGCGCAGUGCGAGAAUAGCUUGGCUCAAGUGCGCGCGCGGCUGCAUGCCAAGCGGCACAUGAUAAGCUUCCGAAACGCGAAUGUGACUGGGCAGGUGCAGUCCACCAAGGGUCGGACAAUCAUAGACGAGAUUGGAGAGAAGGUCAACCAGUCGGCGGCGCGGUACCGGAGGGGACGGGAGGCGCUGGUGGGGUGUGGAAAGGAGGUCGAUUUUGACUACCUGCGUCCGCUGUUGCCGGAGGAUUUGCACAUGAAUGGCAUCAGCGUCGCACCAGAGAACACAGCAGCUGAGAGUGACGAAGCGGCUGCCAAGAAGUUGAUGGCUCUGGGAGCUGGUCGCGCUCCUAGGCAGGACAAGGGCGCGUCGAGGCGAGUAAUGUCAUGGAUUUGGACGGCGAAGGGGGCAUUGGAGAAGGAGGAAGAAGAGUUGCAUGAGUCAAUACGGGUCGAGUGGGCGAGAGCAAGGGCGCGGCGGGAUCGGUGGGCAGAGGAAGUUUUGCUCCUGCGAGAGGAGAUGAGGAGGGUUUGCGCGUAUCUGGAUUGGCAGUCCAGUUGGUGGAAGGUCCGGGUUGACCUGAGAGAGGAUUUCAGUGCGGAAGUGGCGGCAGGCGCAGCAGCCUUUGCAGCAAAGCAGUCGGCUUGGCAUUUAAAGCUUAGGGGCUCGUUGCUGAAGAAAUGGGGCAGUAGCAUAGGAAGCACUUCGGGACUGCAUCAAGAGCGUGUAAUAUCAUAG